AUGAUUGCGGAUUACUUUGCAUCUUGUCCGAAUGUUGUUGGUCGGCCAAAGAGAGAGGCGAGUCACUGUAAGCAGAGGUGGGGGAGGAUAAACGACUUGGUGUGCAAGUUCGUUGGCUGUUACGAGGCUGCCACAAGAGAGAAGUCUAGUGGACAGAAUGAAGAUGAUGUGAUGAAGUUAGCACAUCAUAUAUAUUUCAAUGAUCAUGAAACGAGAUUUACCUUGGAGCAUGCAUGGCGAGACUUAAGAUACGAUCAAAAAUGGUGUGCCUCAACAUCUACUAAAGGUAGUGGAGUGAAAAGGGGAAGAGUGAGUGUUGAUGGGUCUCAACCGGAUGCACAUCCGGUUGUUGAUGUCGAUGAACCAUUGCCUCGUUCUCCUGGUGUUAAAGAUGCAAAGGGGAAGUCCAAAACAAGCUCAAACACCCAACCAGAUGUGGAGGAAGAUGGAAAAGAUAACUUGGAAUCUUUGUUGGACCGUGUGUCUCGGAUGUAUGAGAUGAAGGAGAAGGACUUUGCAUUGAAAGAGAAGGAGUACGCUAUGAAGAAGGAACAUAUGAAGCAUGUGAUGCUUGAAAAUCUGAUUGCCAAGAAGGAUUCACUAACUGAAUCAGAAAAAACUCUUAAGGAUAAGCUAAUUGUUGAUAUGAUGUCAUCAGCUUGA